GGAAGCGGCGGCCGGCGGCGGGAAGUGACGCGCCGGAAGCGGGCGGUGGCCGGGCGGAAGCGGCGCGGCCAUGGAGCUGGGCGAGAUGCUCUACAACAAGUCCGAGUACAUCGAGACGGCAUCGGGCAACAAGGUGAGCCGGCAGUCGGUGCUGUGCGGCAGCCAGAACAUCGUCCUCAACGGCAAGACGAUUGUCAUGAACGACUGCAUCAUCCGCGGCGACCUGGCGAACGUGCGGGUGGGGCGGCACUGCGUGGUGAAAAGCCGCAGCGUCAUCAGGCCACCCUUCAAGAAGUUUAGCAAAGGGGUCGCUUUUUUCCCUCUCCACAUUGGUGAUCAUGUGUUCAUAGAAGAGGACUGUGUUGUCAACGCGGCCCAGAUUGGCUCCUACGUCCACAUAGGCAAGAACUGUGUCAUUGGUCGUAGAUGCGUUUUGAAAGACUGCUGCAAGAUCUUAGACAACACAGUGCUGCCUCCCGAAACAGUGGUCCCGCCUUUCACAGUCUUCUCGGGCUGCCCAGGACUCUUCUCUGGUGAACUCCCGGAGUGUACCCAGGAACUCAUGAUUGACGUUACAAAGAGCUAUUACCAGAAGUUCUUGCCGCUCACCCAGGUGGCCUCUGCCAGGGUCUAAAAAGUCGCCACCGAAGAUCCCAAAUGCCCAGCAGCGUUAACGUCCCGUAGAUUUGGCUACUCUUUCCUGUCCUCUGAAGCAUCCCUCUGACCCGGGCUCACCUCUGCGCCGCUGCCAGCUCUCUGGAAAGACGGAGUGUGAUGAGGCGGCAGCAUGCUGCUGCGGCCCCUGGCGAAUAGUUGCCUGAUGUCAACGUGCAGUGCAGUGCAAUAAAGCGUGACUUCUCACA